AUGCCUUUAUUAACCAUCACCCAAUCAUUGAACGAUUCUGUUAAGAAACACGGAAUUGUCCCUGAAGUUGUUGAUGAGUUCGAAUCCCAAGGGUUGCUUUCAAUUGAAUACCCCAAUGGAUCUCAAGUCUCAUUGGGUAAUACGUUAACGGUGGCUAACACCCAGGAGAUUCCAAAGAUACAAUUCAUCUUGAACUCCAGUAAGGAGUUUAGUGUUUCCAAUAAGGAUAAGUUCCUUUUGGUAUUGACGGAUCCAGAUGCUCCCUCUAAUAAAGAUCACAAAUGGUCAGAAUAUGCCCAUUGGAUUGUUAGUGACUUGACAUUGAAUGUUCCCUCGGAAGACGCAAAGCCUGAUGAGGUUGAAUUCAUCAGUACUGUAUUGGAUGUUUCCAAGAGUACGGAAAUCUUGAAAUAUGAAGGGCCUGGACCUCCACCUAAGACAGGUAAACACAGAUAUGUGUUUUUGCUUUAUAAACAAGACCCAGAAGUGGCUAAAUAUGAUGUACCUCUGGGUAGACCUACCUGGGGAACAGGUACACCAUCAAGUGGUGUUCGGGACUAUAUCCAAAAACAUGGAGGUAAACUGCAAUUGUUGAGUGUCAACUUCUUCUUCGCCCAAAGUGAGGAACAGUAG